AAGGUUGUGUUUAGCGGCGUUCACUCAUGCCCCGUUCCCCAAUCUACUUCCAAAGUGGAGGGGAAGCAAAUUGUUUGAGUCAGCCAACUUCUCUCCUCAUGCAUUCAACUCAUCUAAAUGAUGAUGAUCCAUUUCUGGAGGAGGUACAACUCAAUAUCAACAAAGCAUAAGUAACCACAUUUCAGAAAACUAUUGUUAUUUCCAGCAAGCCUACUGCACCUAAAAUGGAAAGGAGGUGAAAUUGUUUUUAACCAUCAAGUCAAAGUCAUAUUACUCUAAUAUAAGCCACAGGACCAUGAAUGAAUACUUUCUGAUUUCCUUAGUUUAGCGGUCACCAAUGUCCAAUCAUCGGUGCUUGGACAUUGUAAAUUCCUCAUAAUGUUGAAGAUACGAUCAUUUGUAAAUGUGCUGGGGCUCAAUACGUACUCUGAAAACGUCUGAAGCGUAACAAAACCUCAACAUAUGAAACUCUGUACUAAUGUGUUCAUAUUAAGAAACGUUCGUAUGUGAAAGCCAGCAUGGAAAAUCAGUCCAAUCUAAUUGACUCCUUCUGAAUUUGAUAUAUUAGUUUUUAUCUAUCUACAUUAGCAUCAGGCUCUGUCACAUUACUAUUUCUUCAGUAGAAGUAAACGAAGACAGAAUUUGCAGUGUAACACCAAAGUGGAAAUAUUAUUUUAGAGGAACGGUGAAUCCUGCCCUCUAGUGUUCGAAUGGACACAUGACAGGAAAUGCUAUGGACAACAACAUUUUAUUGCCGUUGCAGGUAUUACAAGUUCUGUGAUGACAAAAUGCAGUUAUGCAAAUGGUCCAUCAGUGUGAAUGUUUGUCUACAUGUGCCCAGUGAUUGGCUGGCACCCCGUCUCCCUCAUUCAGCUGGGAUACACUCCCCAGCGACUCUAAUCAAGAUAAGCAACUGGUUGAACAAUGAAAGAUGCAAUGUAUGGCAAGCAUUUACUGGUAGUUUUCGGUCUAACCUGUUUUACAACUUGAAGGUCAGUGAAGCCGCAUGUUGUUCACGAGUUCUAAUGCGGGAGUCAUCAGAAUGGCCUUUCAAGUUCUCACUUUGGUCCAACUGUGACAGGUUCCUGUAUUCAGAUGACGCUCAUAUCACUCCAGAGACGGUGAUGUCCACUCUGAAUGCAGCCAAGAAAUACGCUGUCCCUGCUCUGGCUACUCACUGUGUGGAGUUUGUGAGCAAACAUCUGAAAGCACACAACGCAUUCAUGUUUCUCACACAGGCGAGGUUAUUUGAUGUCCCUCAGAUUGCCAGCCUCUGUUUGGACACCAUAGACAAAAGCACUGCAGAGGCGGUAAAUACAGAGGGCUUCACUGAUAUUGACCUUGAAACUCUAUGCACAGUCCUUGAAAGAGACACGUUAAACAUCAGGGAAAACCGUCUCUUUGAGGCUGUGGCACACUGGGCUGAAGCUGAGUGCACCAGACAACGGCUUCCGGCAACCUCUGAAAACAAACAGAAGGUAUUGGGAAAGGCCCUACAGCUCAUCCGCUUCCCGCUCAUGAGUGUGGAGACGUUUCCUACAGCAAAUCCAACACCACGGCCCAGCAACAAUGACCGAUCGUGUUGCUACGUUCGCGGUGAAGAAUGCACCAUUAAUAGAUUUCAGCAUGUCGAGAGUCGAUGGGGCUACAGCGGUACCAGUGAUAGAAUCAGAUUCAACGUCAGUAGACGAAUAUCUAUCGUGGGUUUUGGUCUUUAUGGUUCCAUCCAUGGACACACAGACUAUCAGGUCAACAUACAGAUAAUGGAGAGUGACAAACACCUGACCGUGGGCCAGAACGACACAGGAUUCAGUUGUGACGGCACAUCAAACACCUUCCGUGUAAUGUUCACAGAGCCUGUGGAAAUUCUUCCUAACGUCAGCUAUACUGCAUGUGCAACCUUAAAGGGACCCGACUCCCACUGUGGCACGAAGGGGUUGAAGAAAGUCACCCAGGAGUCAGCGACAGGGACUAAGACAACAUUUGUCUUUUUCAAAUCCCCCGGAAACAAUAACGGUACCUCGGUAGAAGACGGACAGAUACCAGAGAUCAUCUACUAUACAUAGAUUGACGUGAGAAGACUUCACGUGGCUUGAGUUUUGUGCUUCACAAUCUCUGGGAAUGAACACAGAGUGGCAGUUUGUUUCAUGGCAAAAUUCACCGACACAAGGAUUGUUCCAAGCAGCUGUUAAAAAGAAAAAUCAAAGCCAGUUUUUGUUUCAUUAUUAGAUGUAAAUAUGUAAGUAGUCAGACAAAGCAUAUGUCCUCCAUCGGAAUCGGUUGGAUGCAAACGAGUGACUGUUCUCCCCCAAGUUAUUUGUUCUCCUGAGUCUUGUGUGACUCUAACUUCAGUCAACCAUCAGUUGUCAAGAGAGCAUUUAUUCUGAUAUUCAGCUUAGGUUCCAAAUACUAGAUAUUGUAGACCUAAAGCUGGUUGUGAAGGAUUUUCAGUGAAUGCUCAAACAACAAAAAUCUUUCCUGAAUACUUUGAUAGGAGGAUGCAGCUACUGCAAAUGUACUCAAGUUUGUUGUCAGUACAUGCUACAUAGUGAUUCCGCCAACUCGGUGUGCGUUAUGUGACUUUGUUGUUCCCUGUUGUAAUUCAUACGCGUUUGCUUGGCACUUCUUUGAAAUUAAAAGAACCGCUUCUUUUUAUAUUA